CCCUCAGAAACCCGAACCUCCCGGAAAAAGACGUUCUAGUCCUGCGUUUCUGCUUCUCCCUCCGUCGGAGUCACACGCAUUCCGGUCAGGAGGCAUUUGUGAGCAUCUCGGCUUUUUUUUAAAAGACUUUUUCUUUCCGAAGAGUUUCUUUUUUAUCGCUCGCAGGUGGAUUUUUGAUUUAUUUAUUGUGACAAGGACGCACCUCCGGCCUGCAACUUCACCUCGGAAGGAUCCUGUGGUGCGUUCAGGGAAAUUAACCAGGAGAGGGGAAGUGGAUCAGGUGGUUGUAUUUUAUCUUUAACCCGGAUUCCUGAUGGAUUACAUGAACAGUGGACUCAGAUACGCCCCAAAGCAGGAUAAAGACUGGGACACUUCAGUCCAGUUCCUGCCGGCGUCGGACAACAAAAAGCUCGAGAAGAAGAAAGGUCCGGGAAAAGUCGGGGCAGUGAUCGGUGUGGUGAUCUUUGCUGCUGUUGUGUCACUAAUGACCGGACUGCUGGUCUGGCAUUUCCACUUCCGUAAAGAUAUCCGGGUGAAGAGGAUGUACAGCGGCUCCAUGCGGAUCACCAACCAGGUGUUCAACGACGCCUAUGAGAACACCAACAGCUCCGAGUUCAAGGCUCUGGCCAAGCAGAUCACUGCUCAGCUUAAAGGCGUCUAUUCCAAAAGUCCACAGCUGGCCAAAUACUAUGUCGGUUCUACUAUUCAGGCUUUCAGUGAAGGCAGCGUCAUCGCCUACUACCUGUCUGAGUUCAACGUUCCCGCCGGACAGGAAGCAGCCGUCGACAAAAUCAUGUCUACGAUGGACAAGCUGGUGGACAAACAGCAGCGAUCCCCGACGAGGACCGGAAACGCUCUGGUGUUUGCAGACGUCGUGUCUUCAGCACUCGAUGUUCGCUUGUUUUCAACAUCGUUCAACAAGUACCUCAGGUUUGCAGAGCACACAAGGACCAACCACAUCGGUCAGAUCCAGUCCCCUGGGUUCCCCAACAGUCCGUAUGACCCCAGCACCUUCAUCCAGUGGCAGCUGAGGGCCGACCCCGAAUACGUCAUCAAGCUCGACUUCGACUCCAUGAACCUGGAGGAGAACUGCAUGAGCGACUUUGUGAAGAUCUACGACUCUCUAGUGGCCAUCGAGGACCGAGUCAUGGAAGAGUUGUGUGGAUGUUACUCCCCCAGCGAACCGCUCACCUUCCUGUCGUCUGGCAACGUCAUGCUGGUGACGAUGGCCACGAACGAAAAACAGAACUACCCCGGAUUUCGAGCUAAAGUUUCACAAGUCCGGCGGGGAAGUAAAGGGAUGACAUGCGGUGGCCAGCUGAUGGGCGAAAAUGGCACCUUCACUUCUCCAAACUUCCCAAAUUACUUUCCUCCCUUAACGUCGUGUCAGUGGUCGAUCCAGGUUCCUGCUGGUAAGGUGGUGAAGGUGACGUUCAAAAAGUUCCUCCUGUCCGAGCCCGGGCAGGAAAACAGAAAGGACUGUCGCAAAGAUUACGUGGAAGUCAACGGAAAGAAGUUUUGUGGAGAACAACCCGACGGAACAGUGACAGUAACCAGCAACGACAACAAAAUGAACGUGAUGUUCUACUCCGACGCCUCCUACGUGGACCGCGGGUUCGAUGCUCAGUUUGAGGCCAUCGACGUCAAAGACCCUUGCCCAAAGCAGUUCCAGUGCAGGAAUCAGCGCUGCAUUAAAAAUGAGCUCAAGUGUGACGGCUGGAAUGACUGUGGAGACAUGUCUGAUGAGCUGAACUGCAAGUGCAGGGAUAAAGAUAUCAACUGUAAGAAUGGAUUGUGUAAGCCGCGGUUCUGGCUGUGUGACGGCGUGGACGACUGCGGAGACCGAACAGACGAGAUGAACUGUGGGUGUGGAUCUGAAGAGUUCACGUGUAAGAAUGACAAAUGUAUUCCCGCGAAGAAGAAGUGCGACGGCAGGGUCGACUGUGAGGAUCAAUCAGAUGAGCUCAACUGUGGAGGAAGUAGGUGUGGAUCUGCAGAGUUCACGUGUAAGAAUGGCAAAUGUAUUCCCGGGAAGAAGAAGUGCGACGGCAGGGUCGACUGUGAGGAUCAAUCAGAUGAGCUCGACUGUGGAGGAAGCUCUGGUGUGAGCUGCACUGACCUCACGUUCAGAUGUAAGAACAACAAAUGCAUCAGUAAAGUGAACCCGGAGUGUGACGGCGUGCAGGACUGCGAGGACGGAUCGGACGAGGAAAACUGCGACUGCGGGAGGAGCAUGUUCAAGUCGUCGCGUAUCGUGGGCGGUCAGGACGUGCUGGAAGGAGAGUUUCCCUGGCAGGUCAGCCUCCACGUUAAGAACUUCGGCCACGUGUGUGGAGCGACCGUCAUCAGUCCCAAAUGGAUCGUCACCGCUGCCCACUGCGUGCAGGACGACGGCAGAACGAGAUACUCGCAGCCGAGCACCUGGGAAGCUUAUCUGGGUCUUCACACCCAAAAGAAGCUCGGAAGUCACGUCGUCAAGAGGAACGUGAAGCAGGUCAUCCCCCACCCGAACUACAACGACUUCACGUUCGACAACGACAUCGCCCUCAUGGAGCUGGACAGUCCCGUCACCUACUCCGACUACAUCAAGCCCAUCUGCCUGCCGGCCGCGCAGCACAGCUUCCCCCCUGGAAACACUGUAUGGGUCACCGGGUGGGGCGCCACUCGAGAGGGAGGAUUUGCAGCGAGCGUUCUCCAGAAGGCUCAGGUCCGAAUCAUCAACUGGAAGACGUGUGACUCGUUAAUGGGAGGACAACUCACGUCUCGGAUGUUGUGCGCCGGAGUGCUGACUGGAGGAGUCGAUGCUUGUCAGGGAGACUCCGGCGGUCCUCUGUCCAGCCCGUCCGGCAGUCGUAUGUUCCUGGCAGGAGUGGUCAGCUGGGGUGACGGCUGCGCUCGCAGAAACAAACCAGGCAUCUACACGACGGUCACAAAAUUCCGUGCCUGGAUCACACAAAAGACAGGAGUUUAGGAGUCCGCUGAGAAAUGGUCCAACGAGGCCACAGACAUAAACCUAAUCAGGAACUGACGACCAGCGGUCCUCCUCCCAGUGGAGAAACGCACUGUCUGCUUGAAGAGCACAUUUUAGAUCCACUGUGAUUUUUAUUCUUUUUUCAAAAUUCAUGACGGGGUUGCUGAAAUGUUUUAUUUUGUAAAUAAAUGUUUUAUUUUUGUGUGUUUUGUUUUGUUGUGAUGGAGAACAAUGUUAUAUGCUGCACAGGAAAUGGACUCCAGGCGUGAUUGUUACACAUGUACAUGUAUGAAAUGUGCCUCCUUGUACUCUGGCAUUGUGUGUUUUAUUAGGAGCCGUCUCAAGAAUCUUUCACCCCUGUGCCUUGUUGUUUUGUAUUUUAUAAAUUAAAAAGCUAAAUGACAGAAAGCUCUUUCCGUCUUACCUCCUAUGGAUUGGUGUCUAAGUCCAGCCGAAAUCCCUGAAAAUGAGUGGUGCGAUUGUUCACUUGCAUUGCCCUCCUCAUUAUGGUUGCCACUUCUUUUUAACAGAUGUGAACUGCUCUUCUCUUUGUACGAAACAGUGAAAUACUGGUUUUAUUAGCAUUUUAUCUGUCACGUUAAACAUGUUCGUAUGACCUCUUUUCUUUCUGGCACAAUCUUAGUAGAGUUUAUCCAAUUUAAUCGGUCUUAAAUGUGUAAAUGUGUGUUUUAUAGCAGAUGUUUUUAAAUAAAAUAUUUCUAUUGUA